UGUUUCUCUCGUGCAGCAGCAGCAGCUCUCUCUCAACACAAAUAAAAAGAAAAGAAUCAAAAAUAAAAAAAAUAAAAAAAUAAAAAAGUUGGGGCCGGCCCAUUUCUGUUCUCGGAGAAACUCAAAGGAUUAAACACAGGAGAGUCUGAUGGAGGCGGAGACGUCGGAGUCCUACGACGAUGACGUGCGACAAUUCCAGCAGCGAUCCGUCAGAUGUUUCUCUCCUCUUCAGCAAUUGGUCGACGUCGGCGUCGUUGCCGGUGGCAACAGGCGACGCCGCUAAUUCGUCGGGCCAAGGCCUUGAGCUGGACCUGUCGGUCAUCGAGCGGUUCCGCUCCAACCGUCGCGUCAACGACUUCGCCUUCUUCUGGCUGGUCGCCGCCUAUUGCGUCCUGAUCGUCGUCGGAACCAUCGGCAACUCGCUGGUCGUCUACGUCGUCGCCCGCCAGCCGGCCAUGAGGACGGCCCGCAACGUCUUCGUCGUCAACCUGGCCAUCUCCGACUUGCUCCUCUGCCUCAUCACCAUGCCGUUAACGUUGAUGGAGAUCCGGUCGUACACUUGGCCGUUGGGCAACGCUCCCGUUUCUUGCAAGAUGGUCGGCUCGCUGCAGGCCGUUUCCAUUUUUGUUUCGACGCUGUCCAUCACGGCCAUUGCGCUCGACCGUUACCAGCUGAUCGUCUACCCGACCAAGAGGAGUUUCCAGUUGACGGGCGCUUUGCUGGCCCUAGGCGGGAUCUGGGUCCUGGGCAUCGUCCUGGCCCUUCCGCUCUUCAUCGUCCGCACGCUGGAGCACCACGACAUCCCCAUUCCCAAUUCGCCCAUCACGUCCGUCGAUUAUUGCCUGGAAGAGUGGCCCAACGAGCGGGGGCGCUCUUUGUACUCGAUCGGCAGCAUCCUGGUCCAGUACGCCCUGCCCAUCAUCACCGUCUCGGUGGCUCACGCCCGCAUCAGCAACAAACUUCAAGUGCGGAUGGCCUCGCUCAACCAGCACCAGCAAUUGCCCAUCCGUCAGCACAAUAAUGCGGCGCCAAAUGACGCCGUGACGGCUCAUAACACAAUCGCUAACGGCCAGCAGACGGCGGGUCAAAAUGCCGCCGCCGCUGCCAGUCGGAUCGAGUUGAACGCGGCGGCGACAGACUGCCGGACGGCCGCCAGAGAGGAGAAACUCCGCAAAACCAAUACGCUGCUCAUAGCCAUUUCCAUCAUUUUCACCAUUUGCUGGUUGCCGAUGAACACGUUCAACCUCGUUGAGGACACGUGGAACGUCUUCGGAGACGACACGGAGACGAUGCUGAUCGUCUACGCCGUUUGCCACAUGGUGGGAAUGUCUUCGGCCUGCGCCAAUCCGCUGCUGUACGGCUGGUUGAACGACAAUUUCCGGAAAGAGUUCCGCAGGAUCGGGUGGUCGUUCAUCGCCAAGCGGCGGAAUCAAACGGGUGCCAGAGACAUGAGCGACAAACCGCCCGGCGAGAUGUUGACGGACAAGGUGGGCGUCAAGAGGAUGGACGUGUCGGUCAUUGUGGAAAUAAGGGCGGACGACCACCAGCAGCAUCAGCCGUUGACGGUUGCCCCGUCGCUGAUUGUUUGCGCCGGGUCGCCUCAGUCAUCGACGCUCCACCCAGCCGCCGCCGCCCUGCUGGCCGUUCCAUCCAGCAAUUUGGCUCAUUAUCAGAAUAUGAAAGAAGCGUCCAGCACGGUGACAGCCGAAAGUGACGUCAUUCACCUGACGGUCCCCCAAUGAUCGUCAAGGCGGCCAGCGACGAGAUUGAACGAGACUGAUGUGACACAUUUCCAUUGAUUGUUGUCCCGUCAGCUUUCAUUGAUUCAUUUUUUUCCUUUUAACAUUUAUAAAUCUUUUCUUCGGUUUACUGUUGGCCUGUAUAUUGAUUAUAUACGUACACAUACAGCACUAUAUUCUACGUAGACGAGGUAAUAAGGGUCAAACUGAAAUUCAACCAUAUUUCUUCGCGGCGACUGUUUAUCUAGGUACACACUGUAGUUAACGAUGUUAUUCUGAUCGACGGGUUUCAAUCAAAGAUAUUAUUGUACUACGUAUUAUUAUAUAAUAGACAGGUUCACAUGGGCGGGUUUCUCUCUGUGUGGAGCGCACAAUCGGCCUUAACAAUCAAAUAUUCUUCAUCAACUCUUUUCUUUUGUCAACACCCAUUCACAAUGUAGUAGCACAUAUACAUUUCAUUGUGCUAUGUUUCUUAUAAUUAUACUUAUUAUACUUAGAAGAUAAAAAAAAUAACAAGAAAUCUGGCAUUUCAUUUUGAUGAAAUUAUUAUUUUUUUUUUCAAAGUUACCCGGGAAACAUUUGCGCCCGCGUUCAAACGAAGUAAAAAAAAGAAUGAUUAUAAAAAAUAUAAUAUUAUAGUAUAAAUUGGGAUUUUAAAAAAAAAAUCUACCGGAUCUACACGAGUGGAAAAAUUUUUUUAAUCCAAAGUUUCCUUAUGUACACCCAUCACAACGUAGAUUAACAUCUUCGGUGCUAUAAAAAUGUAGAUCUCUCUCCGCAUAUUGGUUUUCAUGAAAACAAAAAUUGACUUCAUCAUCUGUCCAGCAGCAGCUACAUACAUAUUAAAUAUCGUCUAGUGUGGGCUAUAUAUUGUGUGCUCUAAUAGUAUUUCCUAUGUGCUGCUGAAUCUCCCAACAUCUAUACGUAUUUUGCGGGGUUUUUCCUCUUAAUUUUUUCCGUGUGUUGCGUGUGUGUGUGUUAUGGUCUCCUAUUUCGAUUUUGUCUGAAACGUUUGUCGACAAAGUGAUGCGGAAAGAGGAGAACACAUUUCGCUGUAAAAGUACAUAUAUCCCAUAUAGAAUGCAUGGACAUCAAAAUACACUCUUCUGUUCUC